UGCCUUCUUUCUUCUCUUCCAAUUCUUCGUCAGUUUCAACCAGUCUCUGUGCUUUCCCUCCUGUUGAAUCGAUGGAAUCUAUGAACUCUUCAAAGCAGAGUCCUUUUCUGGGAGAAAAUUACGAAUUUACUCUCGAGCAAUCAAUCCAAAAUGUUUUAGCUGAAAUUCGCGAAGGAAAUCUUGGUUUUUCUCAAUUUAUGGAAGGAUUCUACGAGUUGAUUCAAGCUAGAGCUGAUCCACCAUUGGAAUCGAUCUGGUUCUACUCCGCAUUAACGUUUCGUAGCCGUAUCUCCACUAUGAAUGGCGACUUUUUGGACCGAGUAGCAACCAUGAAAAUCUUGUUUCAGACGACGUGUUCUUGUUCGGCUCCUUGUGGUUCUUCGAAGACCAUUGCGUUGCUCUCACCAGUGGUUUACGAGGUGUAUAAAUUAAUUAGUGACAUGCUUGGAAAGGAUUUGUCCUCGAAAAGGGAAAAGAAAGCGAUGAGAGAGGUUAAAUCUUUAGUUGAAACGAUUCUUGGGUUUAUAAAUCUGAGUUCAUGCAAGGAUUCGGACCAGAAUGGUGAAUCUCUUGACUUCAAUUUGGUUACUCCUUUUGUGGAUUUAAUUAGUAUUUGGACGAACUCAAAUGAGGGAUUGGAUCAGUUCUUACCGCUCGUGAGCAAUGAGGUUCGUGGAGAGUUUAGUUCAGGCGUAUGCGAUAUUCGACGCUUGGCUGGAGUUGUAAUUGCCGAGACAUUUCUGAUGAAACUGUGCUUGGACAUUAACAGUAGGCGUUCAAGGCCAGAUUUGGAGAAUGAUCUAAGGAUAUGGGCUGUUGGUUCAAUAACUCGGAUUAAGAACUUCUACUUUUUUGAAACUCUUGCAAGAUUCCUGCUGGAGGCGACUUUACCUGUGAUGUCUCUGUUGAGUAAUGAAGAUGAAGCUCUGUUAAGGAAGAUUCUAUAUGAUGCUCUUAUAUUGGUUGAUUAUUCAUUUUUGAAUGAUGAGAAAGCCAUUAACUUACCUGUGGAUCAUGUGGCAUUUCUGGCUGUUAAGAGAUUGAUUCUUACUCAUGAGGCCAUAGAGUUUUACAGGGAGCAUGGAGAUCAGAACAGAGCCAUCUCUUAUCUAAACGCCUUCUCAACUUCUCUUGUUUCUUCUCAAAUUAUUAGAUGGGUCAAAAGCCAAAUUCCUAGCGAUGAAAAUGUUAAUCAUCCGAAAGGAUCAUCACCUAAAAUAUUUCUUGAGUGGCUUCUCAAGGCUGAAGAUCACGGUGUAAGAGUAUUCGACAGUACUAUUUCCAACCAUCGAGCCAAAUUAGUUCUCGAUAUUUCUAAAUCAGUCUCGGGGCAUCCCACAUCGGAGGGACGUAGUGUAGAUGAUGAACUUUUGUUUUACAUUGACAAGCAAGGGGAAAAUGAAAAUGGAAGUGAAGAGGACAGAGUGAUGGACGAAUCGGUAAAUGCAGCUCUUGUAUCCGCUGCGCAUACAAUGUCGACAACUCAAAAUGGUUCGGGGAAGAAGAAGCUACAGAGAAUGGCCAAAAAACAGAAGAAGAUCAAAUUUACGAAGUAUGAUCUUGUCCCAAACUCUGAUGCGACCGAAUUGGGGUCAGCUGUUGAUGAUAACGAUACAGACAGCGACGGCGAAGUUCAUAAUCCACACUCGGACGAAGAUUCGGAUACGAAAGAGUAAUGAGAUUCAACAAAAAAACGUUCUUUUGUGGAUCUUUCUGGAGGAGUUGACCGACGAGGUCAAUACUCAAUACAACGCCGAGAAUGGUAGAUUUUCAACUCUGAAAGUACAAUUUUCGCCCAAGGAUUGCAAAUUUUCAACCGAAGAGAGAAAAAAGGAAGACGUUUUUUUCGAUACAUUACGAUAUUGUAUGGUUUUUCAUGAAAAUGAAUCAAAUAUGAAUCAUCUAGUUGUAUCAGCCUUGAAUUUUGCCUA